CCUAUGCUCUUACACACACACACACACACACACACACACACACACACACACCAGCCAUCCGUUUCCCUGACCCACAGGCCAGCAGUGACUAUUUUUAAAUUCUUGGGUAUUUUUCUAGAGAUUAAAAAAAAAAAAUACAUUCAUGGGUGUGUGUUCUUUGCCUGCCCUCUUUAUAUCCAAAUGGCCAUACAAAUAGUUUUGUGCCUAGCUUUGCUUGUUGAAGGGGGCCUGGAGCCCUCUCCAUCAAGGCUGGGCCAAGUUCUAGCUGGACUGGAGGUUGGACACACCCCUCCACAGCCCACCCUCAGGUUAAAUUUUAUGGUGCAUUGAUCGGUUCCUAAUAAAAGGGAACCUCCCCGCCCCCCCGACCCUGUGGCUCCCGCAGAAGUGCACCGGGGCUCCUGCCCAGGCUGACAUGAGAGAAAUUGCAGGACUGGAGCUUUGUCCGCCAUAAAUAACACCUUGGAAGCACCCACCUGCUAGAAGUCACAGGAGCUGGAGUGGGUGGCCUCGGAAAAUCCAGGGCUUGAGUUUCUUCACUUCAGAGUGUUGGGGCUGGAGACCCAGCAAAGGCUGGGAAGCUUUGUUUAUUUUUUGCCCCAGCUCUGUGCUGCUGAUCUUGAAGCCAAAAGAGGGGCGAGGAAGAAGGCCUCUCCAUACCAAACACUGAUCAUGGGGCUGUCAGAAGGUAGAGAUGGCUACGCUACAGAGGCAGUGACCUCCCUGCCAGCAGAGAACUUGAAAGCUGCCACCCACAAAAUUAAAGCAGCAUUUCCCCAUUUUUCUCUAAUAGGACCAAUAAUUAAGGGUCUGGAAGGACAGAGGUGGCAACUGCUCUCUGCCAGGCUUUUAACAGGGAGGGGCAGGCAGGCGGUCUUCACUGGCUCCCACCGUGCUCAGAAUUACAACCAGAAGCCUCCACCAUGUCCUUGGACACCCUCGGCGAUCUGCAUCCUCAUUCUCCACCACCUUGCCUGUUGCUACUCCCCACUUGCUUAUAAUACUAGAUUCACACCUGCCACAUGGCCCCUUAGCUAUUUCUUUGGGCAUCUGCCUCACUCUCUCUGCACUUAUCCAUCUGCCUGGCAGGGUUCCUCCGACCACACCCCACACCUCCACAAAACUGCAGGGCUCCCUCCCCUGUCUUCAUUUGGGCCUUUCCACAUCUGAAGAAGCACCUCCUACGUGUUCACUCUCCAACCUCUUGCUUCGCUUUAUUCCCCUUCACAGCAGUUGCUGCCACCUACCCUGAUUUAUGUCUCUCUGUUCAGUGUCCAUCUCUCCCACCCAGAACGCAAGCCCUGCAGAGAGCCUCUUGCAGAGCCCAGCAUACAACAGGCACUCCAUUAAUGUGUGUUGAUGAUAGGAGCAGAGACACAAUGCCAACUCCCACCCACCCUCCAUCUGCCUCGGACAGCCAGGCUUCAGUCUCCUCUGAUUUUAUCUUUCUUUCUUUCUGCAGAGGGAAGCCUGGAGCCACAGAUAGAAGAUCUGAUUAACCGGAUUAAUGACCUUCAGCAUGCAAAGAAGAAAUCCAAUGAGGAAUUGGGAGAGACCCAAACUCUCUUGGAGACGCUGCAUAGGGAAUUGGACUCUUUGAAUGGAGAGAAAGUACACCUAGAGGAGGUCUUGAGAAAAAAGCAAGAAGCGCUGAGGAUCCUCCAGCUGCACUGCCACAGGAAGGAAAGCCAGGCGCAGAGGUCACACGUGCAAGAACAGCUGGAGGACCUGAUGGGCCAGCACAAGGACCUCUGGGAAUUCCAGCAGGUGCUGGAGCAGCGCCUGGCCUGCGAGAUCCGCGCGCUGCAGAGCAGCAAGGAGCAGCUGCAAACUGAAGAGAACUUAGCCAGAGCCAAGCUGGAGCGGGUGGAGCAGAGGCUGCGCUCCUCGCCUGCGGUGGAGGGCGCCCUGGCAGUGACCGAAGCCGAAGAAGCUGACGGCGGAGCUGGAGAAACCCGGUGGGCAAGUCCCCACCCAGGCGCAGAGCCCCGAGGAGGACGACCCGGCUCACAAAGCAGAGCCCGACCCGGAUCCCCAGUCCGCCCGCUGCGAGAAGGACCCGGAACCGGGGGUGGAGCUGGCUCUGUAGGUCCCCCUGGACCAGCGGGACCCACCGAUCCCCAACUUCAAGGCCCGCCGAGAAAUAAAGACAAUGAUUUAGAGAUGCUCCUUCACCUCCAGGCCUGAGUUUGUGCUCCAGGAGUCGCGGGGGAAGGUGGAGAGAGU